CUAUCCAGGUCUCCGCCCCUCACCCCCGAGCGCCUCGUGUCCCCAGCGCUCUCAGGCAAGACUUCUUGCCUGGCCUGAAGCAAAAGGGUUUCCAGAAAAGUGCUUACAGGAACUUAAUUUAGUCUUGCCAUGCCACCUCCAGCAGACACUGGUUUGGCCUAUACCCCUCCAGAUGGCCAAUGGGGAUGGGCAGUGGUCUUUGGAGCGUUCAUUUCCAUUGGAUUUUCAUAUGCUUUCCCGAAAGGAAUAGCAAUCUUCUUCAAAGAAAUCCAGGAUUUCUUUGGUACAUCAUACAGUGAGAUUGCAUGGGUUUCUUCAAUUAUGUUGGCUGCUACAUAUGGUGGAGGUCCCCUUAGCAGUAUUUUGGUGAAUCGUUUUGGUAGCCGGCCGGUGGUCAUAUUUGGAGGGCUACUAUGUGGCAUAGGAAUGGUUUCAGCAGCAUUCUGCACCAGCAUUUUUCAACUAUACAUUUGUGCUGGAUUCAUCACAGGACUUGGUCUUGCCCUGAACCUCCAGCCUUCAGUAAUAAUCAUUGGGAAGUAUUUCCUGAAAAGACGUCCCAUUGCAAAUGGACUUGCCAUGGCAGGAAGUCCUGUCAUGCUUUGCACCCUUGCACCCUUGAACCAGUUCCUUUUUGACACUUUUGGAUGGAGGGGGAGCUUUUUUAUUCUUGGGGCAAUUCUGCUGAACUGCUGCGUAGCUGGAGCCCUUUUCAGACCAAUUGGACCAACACCCAAGAGGCAAAAAAACAAAGAUGCAAAAGAGGACGCAAGAGAAAAACCUGAUGGAGGCAUUGACGAAAUGGGGGACAAGGAUAUGGAAACAAAGGAAGACAGAGAUUGUUGUGAAAACAUCAACAAGUUCCUUGACUUUUCGCUUUUUAAACACAGAGGCUUCCUGAUCUAUCUGAUAGGGAACGUGCUGAUGUUUUUAGGAUUUUUUGCACCGAUUGUCUUUUUGGCUCCUUAUGCAAAGCACCGUGGGAUUGAUGAAUAUUCAGCAGCUUUUCUCCUUUCCAUUCUAGCAAUAGUUGACAUGAUAGCCAGGCCAGCUACUGGGAUCAUUGCAAAUAGCAAAUGGGUGCGGCCAAGGAUUCAGUAUUUUUUCAGCUUCUCCAUAGCUUUUAAUGGCGUUUGCCACCUGCUGUGCCCAUUGGCAACAAGUUACAUGGGCUUAGUCAUCUAUUCUAUCUUUUUUGGCCUGGCCUUUGGUAUGGUUUGUGCAAUGCUCUUCGAAACUCUCAUGGAUCUUGUUGGCGCCAGCCGUUUCACGAGUGCUGUAGGACUAGUCACUAUAGUGGAAUGUUGCACCAUAUUACUUGGGCCACCUAUUGGGGAUGUCAUUUCUCCAUUCACAGGUACUCUGAUUGACACCUUUGGAGACUACAAAUACAUGUUCAUUAAAUGCGGGGCAGUGAUGGUCUUGGCUGGGACAUUCCUCUUCAUUAUGAAUUACUACAACUACAGAAUGCUUGCAAAAGAAGAGAAGAAAAAGGUGAAGGAAGACGGAGAAAAGAAAGAUCAUGAGGAUGCAAGGACAGAAAAGGAUGAAGGAAACUUAAAAGCAGUAGAAAAAAUCCAAGAUGUUAAUGAAACAGCUCCUUUGAAGAAUGAUGAGAAUGGACUAAAGAAUGGGGCAAACCUCCCAAGUGAACUUUAAAUCUAAUUCAAAGUUUUCUGAAUGGAAAAUUGUUCCUUAAAGUGACUAAAAAUAUACAGGUAGUCCUCAACUUACAACCAUUUGUUUAAUGAUGGUUCAGAGUUACGUAAUUGAAAAAAGAGACUUAUGAGCAGUUUUUACACAUCCCCACAGUCACGUGAUCAGAUUUCGGUUGCUUGGCAACCACCAUGUCUUUACAGUGGUUGCUGCAUCUCAGGGCCUUGUGAUUGUCAUUUGCAACUGUACCUAGGAAGCUUCUGACAAGCAGAGUCAAUGGGGGAAGCCAGAUCAAAAGAUUAAUAACCACAUGAUCCAUUUAAAGCCUAAUGAUUCACUUAACAAGUGUAGCAAAAAAAAAGGUUGUGAAAUGGGGCAUGACUCACUUAACAACUGCCUUGCUUAGCAAAGGAAAAUUUGGGCUUAAUUGUGGUCGUAAGUCGAGGACUACCUGUAGCAUGAAAUCAAAUUUUAAAAUAGUCACAUUUUAUAUGGAUACAUGACAAUUACUUAGAGUUGGCUUUACAGUACUGCAAAUCUAAGUCUUAUCUUGUUUUUACUAAAGAACUGAGAGUAUACUUGUCCUAGCUGAUGAAAAAAAAAUUUUUUUAGGAUAAUUUAUACUUGAAUUUUUGACCUGUACUCCUGUUUCUAUUGUUUCUAUUGUUCUAGAAGAGUAGAGAAAUGUUAUAUAAUAGAACAUGCAAGUUUUUUUUCUUAAAAAAAAGAAAACGCACAGCAACCCACAGCACUUUUUACACUGGAAGAUCCAAGAUUUGGUCCUUAACAUUCCAGUAAAAAAAUACCACUUCUGCAAAACUUUUCUAUAAGAAGAAUCUCAGAGAAGAAAGAAAAAAAAUUUUUUUUUCUUUCAGGGUAUUUUAUUUGCUUUGUAUUUGAAGGUAAUCUUGUGCAUAGAAUAAAAUAGUGAGAUAUGCUUGCUGAAAGAGAACUCACAGAGACAUGUCCAAUUGCCCUUUCAGAAUAUUGAUAUGUCCUUUGAUUUGAACAAACAUAGAGACCAAAGCCUGCAAGAACUUAAUAUAACACACUUAUCUAAAAAAGAACAAUAUUCAUAUCUAAGCAUUAAGUUAAUCAUUCUAUUUUACUUUUGACUUUAUCUGGUGGGUUUGGCAAAAUUAAAUCCCUUAAAGGACCCCAUCAACCAUAGUUGCCAAAAUAUCAGUGAGUUAGUUUAGGGAAUAAGCAUAUGGGAACUGCAGAUUAAAAAAGGGAACACCCCAAUUUCUCACUUCCUAAAGGAGUGAAUCUUAUUCCUAGCCAUAUAUGCAUGAUAUGAUUCUACUUUGCAUCAUCAGUCAAUACCAUUUGCCUGCAAACAAGAACUGGUAAGACCACGAAAUAGCCAAAAUAAUAGAAAAUGAAGAACUAAAGUGCUCUGGGAGUUUAGAACCCAGACAACCUGCCACAUAGCACCCCAGAUUUAACAAGUUGUUGAAAAGAAAGAUAAGAAAAAAAAUCUAGAUAAUCUGAUCGUACCUGAAGACAGCAGUAUAGAAGAAAAAGAACUGGAGAAAAAUUACAAAAUACAAAGACAUGCAAAUUGAAUUAGAAUGACUGUGGCAAAAUAAAGCACUGAUAGUAUCAAUGAUAA